AAUCAUAUUUCUAUAAGAUUAGGAUUCAGAUCAUUAGAAUUUAUUCAUAGUUAAUAAAUAGAUGCUUUAUAUUGUGUACUAAAUAAGUCUUUUGUUUUUAACACUUCACUUCCCUCACAAAAUGGAUGAAAUCAUUGGACUAGGGGAAAUGUAUGGUCCCUGCACCUGUAGCAUUUUAUGAUUCUAUGGUUUUUACCUUCAGCAACCUUCUCCUAGAAUAGUGACUUCAGGCCGGUGGCUCACACCUGUAAUCCUGGCACUUUGGGAGGCCGAGGUGGGCAAAUUGCUUUUUCUUAGGAGUUCGAGACAAGUUUGGGCAACAUGGCGAAACUCCAUCUCUAUAAAAAAUACAAAAAUUAGCUGGUGAUAGUGGUGCAUAGCCUUGAGAGGCCAAGGUAAGAGGAUGACUUGAGCCCAGGAGAUCCAGGCUGCAGUGAGCUGAGAUGGUACCAUUGCAUUUCAUCCUGGGCAACAGAGCAAGACCUUGCAUUUAAAAAAAAAAAAAAGGGACUUGAGAUACUGACAGUAUAAGCAUACUCAAACCCAUGUGCAUCUGUGCUGGGAAUAAAAGACAGACAUGUUCUCAUUCCACUGAUUUAGGACUCUGGUUAGAAAGGAAAACUGUAAUGUCUCCUGCAAUUGCCUAAACUGCUUUACAUUUAUGGGAAUGGAAAAGCUGAAUUCUGCAAUUUGUGGGCAGAGGAAAGGAGGAUGAGUAUCCUUUCUGAUUUCCUCUUUUGCCUUCCCUUCCAAGGGGAAAUAAAAGGUUAAGGCAACAAUUUAAGAAGAAAAGGCAAGGAGCUACUGGGAGUAGGGUUGGUAGGGAAACGCCAAACCCACUAAAUAAUUUGAUUUCAGUUACAGUGAAUCUCAAAUGAUGAUGCUACACUCCUGAGAAUGUUCCAUGAUGGAAAUGCCUGGGCUUUGAAUUUUGAGCAAAGAAAUACCAGGAGAGGGUGACAUUAUAACAUCCAGCAGGAAGAACACUGCUCAUGUCAGUUGGAAGAUCAACGUCUGAAUCUUCGUGGUAAAACCGUAUCUACCACAGCCACGGCAGGUUUUGUUCUGCUGCUGCACAUGUGAUUUGAGAUAUUGUGGGCUGGGUUUUUUUUUUAAAAAAAAUUAUUUCUAAUGGCGGCAAAGUGGAUCUAUAGAAAUGGAAGUCAUCUGUAAUCCCAGCACUUUGGGAGGCCAACGCGGGCAGAUCACCUGAAGUUAGGAGUUCAAGACCAGCCUGGCCAAACAUGGUGAAACCCGUCUCUACUAAAAAUACAAAAAAUUAGCCAGGCAUGGUGGCGUGUGCCUGUAGUUUCAGCUACUGGAGAGGCUGAGUCAGGAGAAUUGCUUGAACCUGAGAGGCAGAGGUUGCGGUGAGCUGAGAUCAAGCCAUUGCACUCCAGUCUGGGGGGCAAGAGUGAAACUAUGUCUCAAAGAAAAAAGGAAAAAAAAAAAAGGAGAAGAAAUGGAAGUCAUCCCGUGGACCUGAGCUGGUGUAGUGGAUUAUGGCCUGUAUGUAAAUGAAGAAAUGCUUGCUGGUGGCAUCAGUGGCAACUAGCUUAAGCCCUACGCAGCUUUGUAAAAGAAUGUAAUCAAGGAAUUUGAUCUGAACAGAUAAGCCAAACAUUGAUUCUUCAGUGCCUAUUGAUAAGUGAGACUACUGUUCUUUUUAACAGACUUAUUUCACUUCAGUGGGGAAUCAAACCAGCUUUAAUUAAGGAAAUCUGUAGAAAUCAGCGGUAUCUCCCUUUCUUUCUCUGUUAAACAAACAAAAGGAAGAAGAAAGUCAUAAGCACAAAGAUCUCUUCACAUUCUCCAGGACUGCAGUACCAAAUAUCAGCACAGAUCUUCUUGAAAAAGGAUGUAGAUCUUAAUCUGAAUUUUGAACCAUCACUGAGAUGGAAUCUUGCUUUAUUGCCCAGGCUGGAGUGCAGUGGCGUGAUCUUGGGUUACUGCAACCUUUGCCUCCCAGGUUCAAGCGAUUCUCCUGCCUCAGCCUCCAGAGUAGCUGGGAUUACAGGUGGCCCAACGGCUUCUGAGCCUUCAGCACUGCGGGGAUCCGAUCUGCGCCCUGCCGGCGGCCUCGGACCAUGACCAUGACCCUUCACACCAAAGCGUCCGGGAUGGCCCUUCUGCACCAGAUCCAGGGGAACGAGCUGGAGCCCCUGAAUCGUCCGCAGCUCAAGAUCCCCCUGGAGCGGCCCCUGGGCGAGGUGUACGUGGACAGCGGCAAGCCCGCCGUGUACAACUACCCCGAGGGCGCCGCCUACGAGUUCAACGCCGCGGCCGCCGCCAACGCGCAGGUCUAUGGCCAGUCUGGCCUCCCUUAUGGCCCCGGGUCCGAGGCGGCGGCGUUCGGCUCCAACGGCCUGGGGGGGUUCCCCACACUCAACAGCGUGUCUCCGAGCCCGCUGAUGCUGCUGCACCCGCCGCCGCAGCUGUCGCCCUUCCUGCAGCCCCACGGCCAGCAGGUGCCCUACUACCUGGAGAACGAGCCCAGCGGCUACACGGUGCGCGAGGCCGGCCCGCCGGCGUUCUACAGGCCAAAUUCAGAUAAUCGACGCCAGGGUGGCAGAGAGAGAUUGGCCAGUACCAAUGACAAGGGAAGUAUGGCUAUGGAAUCUGCCAAGGAGACUCGCUACUGUGCAGUGUGCAAUGACUAUGCUUCAGGCUACCAUUAUGGAGUCUGGUCCUGUGAGGGCUGCAAGGCCUUCUUCAAGAGAAGUAUUCAAGGACAUAACGACUAUAUGUGUCCAGCUACCAACCAGUGCACCAUUGAUAAAAACCGGAGGAAGAGCUGCCAGGCCUGCCGGCUCCGCAAAUGCUACGAAGUGGGAAUGAUGAAAGGUGGGAUACGAAAAGACCGAAGAGGAGGGAGAAUGUUGAAACACAAGCGCCAGAGAGAUGAUGGGGAGGGCAGGAAUGAAGUGGGGUCCACUGGAGACCUGAGAGCUGCCAACCUUUGGCCAAGUCCGCUCAUGAUCAAACACUCUAAGAAGAACAGCCCAGCCUUGUCCCUGACAGCUGACCAGAUGGUCAGUGCCUUGUUGGAUGCUGAGCCCCCCAUAAUCUAUUCCGAGUACGACCCUACCAGACCCUUCAGUGAGGCUUCGAUGAUGGGCUUACUGACCAACCUGGCAGACAGGGAGCUGGUUCACAUGAUCAACUGGGCAAAGAGGGUACCAGGCUUUGUGGAUUUGACCCUCCAUGAUCAGGUCCACCUUCUAGAAUGUGCCUGGCUAGAGAUCCUGAUGAUUGGUCUCGUCUGGCGCUCCAUGGAGCACCCAGGGAAACUCCUGUUUGCUCCUAACUUGCUCUUGGACAGGAACCAGGGAAAAUGUGUAGAGGGCAUGGUGGAGAUCUUUGACAUGUUGCUGGCUACAUCAUCUCGGUUCCGCAUGAUGAAUCUGCAGGGAGAGGAGUUUGUGUGCCUCAAAUCUAUUAUUUUGCUUAAUUCUGGAGUGUACACAUUUCUGUCCAGCACCCUGAAGUCUCUGGAAGAGAAGGACCAUAUCCACCGAGUCCUGGACAAGAUCACAGACACUCUGAUCCACCUGAUGGCCAAGGCAGGCCUGACCCUGCAGCAGCAGCACCGGCGGCUGGCCCAGCUCCUCCUCAUCCUCUCCCACAUCAGGCACAUGAGUAACAAAGGCAUGGAGCAUCUGUACAGCAUGAAGUGCAAGAACGUGGUGCCCCUGUACGACCUGCUGCUGGAGAUGCUGGACGCCCACCGCCUACACGCGCCCACUAACCGUGCAGGGGCGCCCAUGGAGGAGACAGACCAAAGUCACUUGGCCACCGCCGGCUCUACUUCAUCGCAUUCCUUGCAAAAGUAUUAUAUCACAGGGGAGGCAGAGAGUUUCCCCACCACAAUCUGAGCGCUCCCCAGCUCCCCGCAGGGUUCAGAGAACCCCUGCAGCAUUUUACCCUCAUCAUGCACCACUUUAGCCAAAUUCUGUCUCCUGCAUACACUCCAGCAUGCAUCCACCACCAACGGCUUUCUAGAUGAGUGGCCAUUCAUUUGCUUGCUCCGUUCUUAGUGGCACAUCUUUUGUCUUCUGUUGGGAACAGCCAAAGGGAUUCCAGGGCUAAAUCUCUGUAAUAGCUCUCUUUCCCCCUUUGCUAUGUUACUAAGCGUGAAGAUUCCUGUAGCUCUUCACAGCUGAACUCAGUCUGUGGGUUGGGGCUCAGAUGACUGUGCAUUUAAGCUACUUGUAGAGACCCAGGCCUGGAGAGCAGUCAUUUUGCCUCUGAUAAGCACUUUUUAAAUGGCUGUAAGAAUAAGCCACAGCAAAGAAUUUAAAGUGGCUCCUUUAAUUGGCGACUUGGAGAAAGCUAGGUCAAGGGUUUAUUUUAGCAUCCUCUUAUUCCUAUGGCAAUGCAUCAUUUUAUGAAAGUGGUACACCUUAAAGCUUUUAUGUAACCGUAGCAGAGUAUCUGGUGAUUUUCAAUUCAUUUCCCCUAUAGGAAUAAAAGAGGCACACAGGGAAGGCAGAUACCCUAGUAGACAAGACUAUUUUUAACUUGAUGCACUGCAGCUUCAGAUGUGCUGAAAGCUCUGCCACUGGCUUUCCAGUCCUGGGUUCCAGUUAACUCGUGCCUCCCAUGGACCUAUGGAAAGCAGCAAGUUGAUCUUAGUUAAGUCUCCCCUCAUGAGGGAUGAGUUCUUGAUUUUUUUGUUUUUACUUUUGUGUUAUAAAAGGAAGCCCUCCUCCCCAAAACUUGUAGUAAAGUCAGCUUCAGGACCUGUUCUGGUGGGCGCUGUACUUGGAUCUUCCUGGCAUGUGUGUGCCUUACACAGGGUGGACUUUUCACUGUGGUGAUGCAUGAUGAGGGUAAAGGGUAGUUUAAAGGAGCAGGGGCCCCACUGAUGCAUUUAGCCCUGGAGCAUGGAGCCAAACAGUACAUGUGCAGGAUCACUGUGGCUACUAGAGAACAAGAGGGAAAGCAGGGCAGAAACUGGAUACAGUUCUGAGGCACAGCCAGACUUGCUCAGGGUGGCCCUGCCGCAGGCUGCAGCUACCUAGUAACAUUCCUUGCAGACCCUGCAUUGCCUUUUGGGGCUGCCCUGGGAUCUCCGGGGUAGUCCAGCUCUUCUUCAUUUCCCAGCGUGGCCCUGAUUGGAAGAAGCAGCUGUCACAGCUGCCAUAGACAGCUGUGUUCCUACAAUUGGCUCAGCACCCAUGGGCAGGGGAGGAGGGUGGGGACCGUUGCUGUCACUACUCAGGCUGACUGGGACCUGGUCAGAUUACAUAUGCCCUUGGUUGUUCAGAGCUAAUCCAAAAUCAGGGUUUGGUUUUGAGAGGAAAAUACCCCCUUUCUCCCCUCCCCAUUGCCUCCCCACCUGCUAGCUCAUUUCCUUCAAUUUCCUUUGACCUAUAGGCUAAAAAAGAAAGGCUCAUUCCAGCCACAGGGCAGCCUUCCCUGGGCCUUUGCUUCUCUAGCACAAUUAUGGGUUACUUCCUUUUUCUUAACAAAAAAAAGAGUGUUUGAUUUUCUCCGGGGUGACCGUAUUGUCUAUAAUUCAAACCCUAUGGAGAGGUGAUGUAUGUGUUAGCCAAUGACCCAGGUGAGCUGCUAGGGCUUCUCUUGGUAUGUCUUGUUUGGAAAAGUGGAUUUUAUUAAUUUCUGAUUGUCCAGUUAAGUGAUCACCAAAGGACUGAGAAUCUGGGAAGGCAAAAAAAAAAAAAAAAAGUUUUUAUGUGCACUUAAAUUUGGGGACAAUUUUAUGUAUCUGUGUUAAGAAUAAGUUUAAGAACAUAAUUCUUUUGUUGCUGUUUGUUUAAGAAGCACCUUAGUUUGUUUAAGAAGCACCUUAUAUAGUAUAAUAUAUAUUUUUUUGAAAUUACAUUGCUUGUUUAUCAGACAAUUGAAUGUAGUAAUUCUGUUCUGGAUUUAAUUUGACUGGGUUAACAUACAAAAGCCAAGGAAAAAUAUUUAGUUUUUUUGUAUACUUUUCAAGCUACCUUGUCAUAUAUACAGUCACUGAUGCCUAAAGCCUGGUGAUUAUUCAUUUAAAUGAAGAUCACAUUUCAUAUCAACUUUUGUAUCCACAGUAGACAAAAUAGCACUAAUCCAGAUGCCUAUUGUUGGAUAUUGAAUGACAGACAAUCUUAAUGUAGCAAAGAUUAUGCCUGAAAAGGAAAAUUAUUCAGGGCAGCUAAUUUUGCUUUUACCAAAAUAUCAGUAGUAAUAUUUUUGGACAGUAGCUAAUGGGUCAGUGGGUUCUUUUUAAUGUUUAUACUUAGAUUUUCUUUUAAAAAAAUUAAAAUAAAACAAAAAAAAUUUCUAGGACUAGACGAUGUAAUACCAGCUAAAGCCAAACAAUUACACAGUGGAAGGUUUUACAUUAUUCAUUUAAUGUGUUUGUAUUCAUGUUAAGAUACUACUAUGUUUGAAAUGGGCAAAGAACAUCAGAUGAUUGAAAUGUUAGCCCAGGGGUCUCCAGCAACUUUGGAAAUCUCUUUGUAUUCUUACUUGAAGUGCCACUAAUGGACAGCAGACAUUUUCCAGCUGAUGUUGGUAUCGGGUGUAGGAACAGGAUAGAAAACUCUUGCCUCUGCAUUCCCCCCGCUCUGAGGCAAGUUAAAAUUUAAAAGAUGUGAUUUAUCUGGGGGCUCAGGGUAUGGUGGGGAAGUGGAUUCAGGAAUUUGGGGAAUGGCAAAUAUAAUAAGAAGAGUACUGAAAGUAUUUGGAGGCACAUUAAUUCUGGCACCUGGGGUGUGUACCAGGGUUCAGUAGUUCACUUCUGCCCUGGACACCACAAAUAAACUAGCUCCAUUUACAGCCAUUUCGAAAAUGGCAGCUUCAGUUCUAGAGAAGAAAGAACAUCAGCAGUAAAGUCCAAGGAAUAGCUAGUGGUCUGUGUUUCUUUCAGCCAUUGCCUAGCUUGCCGUAAUGAUUCUCUAAUGCCAUCAUGCAGCAAUUAUGAGAGGCUAGGUCAUCCAAAGAGAAGACCCUAUCAAUGCAGGUUGCAAAAUCUAACCCCUAAGGAAGUGCAGUCUUUGAUUUGACUUCCCUAGUAACCUUGCAGUUAUGCUGAACCAUGCCAUAUCCCAUGCCUUUUGGGGGCUGAACAAAUAAGGGACUUACUGAGAAUUUACUUUUGAUCACAUUAAGGUGUUCUCAUCUUGAAAUCUCUUAUGUUGAGAUGAUAAGUGAUUUAGGCCAUUGGCUUAGAGUACUCCCUCCCCUGCAUGACACUGAUUACAAAUCCUUUCCUAUUCAUACUUUCUAAUGAUGAGAGGGUCUGUGGGUACUGGGAAUGAUCACCAACACCAUAGUCAUGUCUAACAUUCACAGGCAGAUCUGCUUGGGGAAGCUUGUUGUGAUGAAAGGCAAAUAGAGUCAUACAAUAGCUCAAAAGGCAACCAACAUUCUCUUUGGUGCAGGUCUUGGGAGGGUGAUCUAGAUGACUCUGCACCAUUCCCAGGUUAAUCCCCUGAAAACUUACUCUCAACUGGAGCAAAUGAACUGCGGUCCCAAAUACCCAUCUUUUCAGUAGCGUUAUUAUGCUCUGUUUCUAACUGCAUUUCCUUUCCACUUGAAUUAAAGUGUGGCCUGGUUUUUAGUCAUUUAAAAUUGUUUUCUAAGUAAUUGCUGCCUCUAUUAUGGCACUUCAAUUUUGCACUGUCUUUUGAGAUUCAAGAAAAAUUUCUAUUCUUUUUUUUGCAUCCAAUUGUGCCUGAACUUUAAAAAUAUGUAAAUGCUGCCAUGUUCCAAACCCCAUCGUCAGUGUGUGUGUUUAGAGCUGUGCAACCUAGAAAUAACAUAUUGUCCCAUGAGCAGGUGCCUGAGACACAGACCCCUUUGCAUUCACAAAGAGGUCAUUGGUUAUAGAGACUUGAAUUAAUAAGUGACAUUAUGCCGGUUUAUGUUCUCUCACAGGUGAUAAACAAUGCUUUUGUGCACUACAUACUCUUCAGUGUAGAGCUCUUGUUUUAUGGGAAAAGGCUCAAAUGCCAAAUUGUGUUUGAUGGAUCAAUAUGCCCUUUUGCUGAUGCAUACUAUUACUGACGUGACUCAGUUUUGUCGCAGCUUUGCUUUGUUUAAUGAAACACACUUGUAAACCUCUUUUGCACUUUGAAAAAGAAUCCAGCGGGAUGCUCGAGCACCUGUAAACAAUUUUCUCAACCUAUUUGAUGUUCAAAUAAAGAAUUAAACUA